ACGUGUGUUUGUGCGUGUGUCGUUACCCGUGCUCGCUUUUACCUAGCGUCGCACGGUAUAUAAGACAGGUGCGUUGUGUCACGGAGCACCACUUCUUCCCUCACUGCUCCACUGAGAGGACCACUCCUGCAACUCAUCUGCUCACUGCUUCACUUGUGCACACCUGCCGCUGCUGCAAGAUACUUCACUCUUCACUCUAGAGCAAGAUGGGUUGUGCUCCGCGCCGAGUUGUGGUCCUGGUCCUCCUCCUUGGGCUGACAAACGCCACCUACCUUAACGGAGGAGGAAACGGAGGAGGAGGAAACAGGGGAUACGGAGGCAACGGAGGAGGAGGAGGAGGAGGAGGAGGAGGCUACGGAGGAAACGGAGGCGGAUACGGAGGAAACGGCGGAGGAGGAAACGGCUACGGAGGGAACGGCGGCUAUGGAGGAAACGGAGGAGGCAACGGAGGUAAUGGAGGUAACGGAGGAGGCAACGGGGACCUGGGCACGGCUAUCGGAGGAGGAGGAGAGCCUGGAGUCGACUACCCAAUCCUUGCUACUGUUCCCGACACUGGCUUCUCUUGUGACGGUCGAGUACCUGGGUAUUACGCCGACACCGCUGCUGAAGCUGGCUGUCAGGUCUUCCACAUCUGUCAGUUCGACGGGCGCCAAGACUCCUUCCUCUGCCCCAACGGAACAAUCUUCAACCAGCAGUACUUCGUGUGUGACUGGUGGUACAACUUCGACUGCGCCACCGCCGAGCAAUUCUACGAGCUGAACUCAAACAUCGGGGUCACUAACGGCGGCAACGGAGGCAACGGAGGCAACGGCGGCAAUGGUGGUGGAUAUGGCGGCAACGGUGGAUAUGGUAAUGGCGGUAACGGUGGUGGAUAUGGCGGAGGCAACGGAGGGUAUGGCGGCAGGACUAACUUAGGCAACGGCGGCGGCGGCAACGGAGGCUACGGCAACGGCAACGGCAACGGCAACGGCAACGGCAACGGCAACGGGCAGCCAUCAGGACUUUACCAAACGCCAGGGAAAUAAGGUGCACAGGCGAACGAACACGCAAACGUACUCUAAGGUAGAACGAACGGACACGGAAGAGCAAAUAACAACAAAAUGAAGAAGAGAGAAGAAACAAGGUAAUAAUUAACUGAUAAAUUAAAAUAAUAGAAGAAAAAAGUCACAAGAAAAAAAAAAACCGCUGCAUAUUGAUUUUUAAAUAAGUGGCUGUUUUUUUCAUUUUUAUUAAUACUUUAAUUGGAUUCUGAUUUAAUUUUCAUUGUUGUUUUUGUUGCUUUUGUUUUACGGUGUCAACGAUGUGAGAGAGAGCGCACGCAAACACGAGUACUUUAUUUAAUUAAAGGGAGAAUUAUACAUAUAUAGUAUUUAUAGGACUGCUACUGUGUAAAUAGCUUUUUUUUUUUUACUGUUGAUCUCUCUCUCUCUCUCUCUCUCUCUCUCUCUCUCUCUCUCUCUCUCUCUCUCUCUCUCUCUCUCUCUCUCUCUCUCUCUCUCUCUCUCUCUCUCUCUCUCUCUCUCUCUCUGCUUCGAUAGAUAGAGGGUACAAGCUCUUCGGACUAUUUCUGUGCCAUAAGAUAGAUCAGAACAGAACUCACGCUACGCUGUAUUACUACAAAGCAAAUAAAAGAUACAGUAUUUCAA